AUAAGGUGCCUAUAUUAAAGAGCCGGUUCCUCUCUGUAAAUGGCACACAUAUGCAGAAGCUUGAGCGUGGAUUAAACCCUCUACAGUGAGAGGACAAUGAUAUCCUUUGUGGCCACCUUAAUAUUCCUGAACGCAGGACUCCCUGCAGUCACAGAUAACGUCCUGGACCCGUGCUCGGCCUACACCAGCCUGAACGAGCCCUGGCGCAACACGGACCACCACAUCAACCAGUCGGCCGGCGUUCCCCUCUGUGACGGCCACAUGUCCGGAGAGUGGUACCGCUUCACGGGCAUGGCCGGAGACGCCAUGCCAACCUUCUGCAUCGCCGAGAAUCACUGCGGCACUCACGCUCCCAUCUGGCUCAAUGGCAACCACCCAGAACCAGCACAGGGCAUCGUCUCUCUGCCGGUCUGUGCCAGCUACAACGACAACUGCUGCCAGUGGAACACCAGCGUGGAUGUGAAGGCCUGCGCCGGGGGGUACUACGUCUACCGCCUGCCCAAACCGCCCGUGUGCUUCCACGUCUACUGCGGCCAUUUCUAUGACAUCUGCGACGAGGUGGAGUGCAACGGCCCCCAUUGUCCGGAGUCCAGUUGUCAGUGUGCGCCUGGGACGACCCUGGGGCCCGACCGUCAGACAUGCCUGGAUGUGAACGAGUGUGAUAAAGGGAACGGUGGCUGCGCGGAGCUGUGUGUGAACACCAAGGGCUCCUGGCGGUGUCAAUGCGGACCAGGGCGUGUCCUAGAGGCAGAUGGACACAAGUGCAGAGAGUUGGCCGGAUGUCCGGCCAGCAAUGGAGGCUGCAGCCACGGCUGUGCCACCCUGUUGGACUCCCAUGAAUGCCGCUGUCCGCGUGGGCUCGAGCUGGGAGAGGACAACCGAACCUGCCAGGUUCCUGUCCAGUGCGAUCCCAGCUGCAUCAAGGUGUCAGUCCCUAAGGAUCUGGUGGAAGGUCUGGACCUCUUCCUGACCAACUCUUCCUGCCGCGGGAUCUCCAACGGCACACACAUCAACCUGAGCUUCAGCCUCAAGACCUGUGGGACGGUGGUGGAGGUCACCGAUGACAAGAUCGUGGGGACCAACCUGGUGACGGGGCUCCCGAGGACGGGGGCCGGUGCCGGCGGCGGCGGCGGCGGUGCCGGCAGAGACAUGAUCGUCCGCACCAGCAAGCUCCUGCUGCCCGUCACCUGCGAGUUCCCCCGGGAGUACCAGGUGUCGGUGGACGGCUACCAGGCCAGCCUGCGCAGCGCGGCCCUGGAGCUGGCCGGGCACAGCGAGGGCGUGUUCCCCUUCACCCUGGAGCUCUUCAAGAGCGAGGCCUUCGCCGAGCCCUACCGCGCGCCGCCGCAGCUGCGGCUCCACGACGCGCUGUACUUCGGCGUGGAGCCGCGGGAGAAGCUGGACGGGCUGGCCGCGCUGGUGGAGAGCUGCUUCGCCACGCCCAGCCCCAAGGCGGAGCAGGCCCUGAAGUAUUACCUCAUCAAAGACGGGUGUAUAUCAGACGAUACGGUGAAGCAGCUCACAGCCAAGGACACACUCUCCAAACACUACCGAGUCCCCGUCUUCAAGUUCAUCGGCAAGGACAACCGGGAGGUCUUCCUCCACUGCCACGUGCUGGUGUGCGGGGCCGGAGACUCGCGCUGCGUCCAGCGGUGCCGCGGGGGGGGCCGCCUGCGCCGGGAGCUCUGGAGCACGGACCCCCAGGAACCCCGGGACCGGCGCGUGCUCAGCGGAGGGCCCAUCAUCAUCCUGCCGGACCCCUGAACACCCACGCCCCCCCGCCGCAACACCAAAAGUCCCCCGAAGGGCCCCGCUGAUGAGCCAUCCCAUAAUGAGGCUAACAACCCAAAACACGCCGCCAGACCCUGAGUGUAUUUCUGGUUCAGUGUUAUCGUGCAAAGACGGCGUCCGACAUAAUUAUUCAGCUCUGCAUCGGGUAUCAGGUCACGGACCACACGACACAGCCACCCAACAACACAGAAGCCUAUUUGAGUCCUAGGAAAGCGCUGUAUACGUCUCAUUUAUUGUUGUUAUUAUUGUUAUGUCGCUUGGUGACGUGGUUCCCAACACAACAGUUUUGCCGUGAAUAAAGCGACGCUUGUACUAGAUAAUCAUUCUUAGCGGCCGGGGAAGUCUCCUCGGCACGAUUGUAACCGCUGGGGCGGGAGAAAGGCUUUUCUAGGUCAGCCAUGCACGCCGUCCUCCGGUCUGAUUACAGUUUGCCCGCCUCAGCCUAUAUUUACAAGCACGGCUAAUAUUACAAAAUGGAACUAGCAGCUUAUAGACGCGCGUGUGUGUGUGUGUGUGUGUGUGUGUGUGUGUGUGUGUGUGUGUGUGUGUGUGUGUGUGUGUGUGUGUGUGUGUGUGUGUGUGUGUGUGUGUGUGUGUGUGUGUGUGUGUGUGUGUGUUUUUAACACUGAUACUUAUGGAUUCUUUUUUUUAGCACUGCUUCUCCCAGUGGUCUAAAUUCGGGACCACAGGCUAAACCAAUAGUCUUUUGUCAGUGUUUGGGGAAUUAUGCAAAGCACCGACUUGCCUGAAGAAGUAAUGUGCCCUUAAUUAUGCAAAACAAAUGACAAUCAUGCAUGCAUUUAUUCAUAGAAAACCAACAACGAGGGAAAUAAUAAGUUACAUUGGACACAUGGCUGAGUAGCAGUAAUGGACGCAGCGCUAACACGUCCCGCUCUAAGAGGGUGAGUGUAGCGAGGCGGUCUGAUGAUCAGGAACACGCGGACAAGACAGAGUCUUUCCCUAGUCAUUAACUCCAGUUCAUCCUCGCGCAACAGGAAGUGAAUCAGACCGAAAUUUGCUCUCUCUAUCAGGCACAUCUUCUGAUUCAUCAAAGUCAUUUAUGCUAAUGGAGUCAUAAUCCUGCCCUAAAAUAAUAAAACAAAUAGAAAAUGAUUUGUCCAAUUAACCAA